CAUAACCCAAUCCAUUGUGCACAGUCCCCAAACUUGGAAGCCAACACCAAGCUUGUAUAGCCGUUGUGCACUGACGCUCACCGUCUGUUUUGGCCGCCUUCAUAUGGUGACAGGUCUUGUCAUCCUGCAGCAAGAUGCUGCUUCAUGAUCGCAGUCCAGACACUUCCCCAUUCAAUGGACAUUCUCAGAGUCACCAUUCCUUCAGCAGGUCAUACAACUCAGACAUGUCCCUAGCGACCCCCAUGUCCCCUGCAAGUAUGUCGAGAUCGCUGCACUUCGCGUCGCCGGUUCCCGUUUCAAGGCACGACCGACAACAAUCCUACUCCCCUACGACCUCCUUCUCCUCGAUACCUCACCAUGUACGAACACAGUCCUUACAGCGGCAGUCCAGUACCUCGAGUACGUUCGCACCCAAGUUCAUAAAGUCGGAAGAGAUGCGCAAGAGUGAAGACAGAAUCUCUGCCAUAGAGGGCGAGAAUGACUUCUCGGGCAAGAAAUAUGUUUGGGUCAAGGACCCGGAGAAAGCGUUCGUGAGGGGCUGGAUAACAGAAGACCUCCCCGACAACAAAGUGUUGGUGCAAUUUGACAACGGCUCACAUGUCGAAACCGACAUCGACGAGGUGGAUAAGGUCAACCCUGCCAAAUUCGACAAGGCCGACGACAUGGCAGAACUUACUCAUCUCAAUGAAGCCUCAGUCAUCCACAACCUUCAGACGCGCUACCAGGCCGACUUGAUCUACACGUACUCUGGUCUCUUCCUAGUCACCAUCAAUCCCUACUGUCCCUUGCCGAUCUACGGAAACGACUAUGUGAGGAUGUACAAAGGCCAGACGCGAGAGGACACACGUCCUCACAUCUUUGCCGUUUCCGACGCUGCUUUUCGACGACUGGUGGAAGAAGGAGAGAACCAAAGUAUUUUGGUGACGGGUGAAUCUGGUGCAGGCAAGACCGAAAACACAAAGAAAGUUAUACAGUAUCUUGCAGCCGUCGCGACCUCCGACCUUGACACGCCGCUGACUGGCAGGACGCCUGGAAAGCAGCUUUCAAAUCUCUCCCAACAAAUCCUCCGCGCAAACCCCAUCCUCGAAUCCUUUGGGAAUGCCCAGACUGUUCGGAACAACAACUCCUCGAGGUUUGGCAAAUUCAUUCGCAUACAAUUCACCAGGUCAGGUCAAAUCGCAGGCGCAUUCAUCGACUGGUAUCUGCUCGAAAAAUCGAGAGUUGUGAAGGUCAGCCAACAAGAACGGAGUUAUCACAUAUUCUACCAGCUUCUGGCAGGAGCAGACCAGCGGACGAGAGAUGCUCUGCUGAUUUCCGGCAUGGAUGUGGAAAACUUUGCAUACAUUCGAGCUGGAAAUGACACCAUUAGCGGCGUGUCUGACCGGGAUGAGUGGAAUACGUUGAUUGAGGCGUUCCAUAUCAUGAACGUGUCAGAAAAGGAGCAGAUGGCUAUUUUCAGGACAAUUGCAGCAAUAUUACACCUGGGAAAUGUGGCAGUGCGACAGGAAAGUAGGGCUGCUGAUCAGGCUUCUCUUACUCCAGAGGCCAAAGCAUCUGUGGACAAGGCUUGUCGACUUCUGGGCGUGCAGACAGAGCCUUUCAUCAAGGGACUUCUUCAUCCGAAAGUCAAGGCCGGGAGAGAAUGGGUUGAGAAAGUACAAACCCCCGAACAGGUGCGGCUGGCGCUUGACGCUCUUGCCAAGGGCAUUUACGAACGAGGCUUUGGCGAUUUGGUAAACAAGAUCAAUACUCAACUCGACCGAAGCGGCGUCAGCAGCGAUGACAGUCACUUUAUCGGAGUACUUGAUAUUGCCGGGUUCGAAAUCUUCGAGAACAAUAGCUUCGAACAACUUUGCAUCAACUACACGAACGAGAAACUGCAACAAUUCUUCAACCACUACAUGUUUGUCCUGGAACAAGAAGAAUAUGCUCGAGAACAGAUUGAGUGGCAAUUCAUCGAUUUUGGAAAGGAUCUUCAGCCGACCAUCGACCUCAUUGAGCUGCCAAAUCCAAUCGGUAUCUUCUCUUGUCUGGAUGAGGACUCAGUGAUGCCUAAGGCGACGGAUAAAUCAUUCACAGACAAGCUACACUCGUUAUGGGAAAAGAAGACCCCCAAAUAUGCGUCGGCGAAGACCAGGCAGGGCUUUAUCCUGACCCACUACGCGGCAGAAGUCGAAUAUUCUACUGAAGGCUGGCUGGAGAAGAACAAAGACCCUCUCAAUGACAAUCUCACACGACUACUUGCCUGCUCAAAAGAUGGCCACAUUGCGAAUCUCUUUAGCGACUGUGUCGAUGAGGUCGAUGAGCCCUACAGCCCACGGAGCCGGGUUAAGAAGGGCCUUUUCCGAACUGUCGCUCAGAGACACAAGGAGCAGUUGAGCAGUCUGAUGAGACAGCUGCACUCAACACAACCACACUUUGUUCGGUGCAUCUUGCCGAAUCACAAGAAGAAGCCUAAACAGUUCAAUGCUCCUCUCGUUCUGGAUCAAUUGCGCUGCAAUGGUGUACUGGAAGGCAUUCGAAUCGCACGGACAGGUUUUCCCAACAGACUUACCUUUGCCGAAUUCAGGUCGAGAUACGAAGUUCUCUGUGAGAACAUGCCCAAAGGAUACCUUGGAGGCCAAGAAGCUGCUAAGAUCAUGCUUGAUCGACUGAAGAUGGAUCAUCAAAACUAUAGAGUAGGUUUGACGAAGGUGUUCUUCAGAGCAGGUGUCCUCGCCGACCUGGAAGAGCAGCGAGAUCGCCUCAUCCGCGACAUCAUGUCCAACUUUCAGUCUGUGGCUCGUGGCUUCAUGCAGCGUCGCGUGGCUUUUAAACAACUUUAUCGUGCUGAAGCUACACGUGUUAUCCAGCGAAAUCUCAACGUUUACCUCGACCUACAAGCCAACCCGUGGUGGCGCCUGUUUGUCCGGAUGAAGCCCUUGCUUGGAGCGACGCGAACUGCAAGCGAAGUCAAGAAGCGGGAUGAGAAGAUUGAGCAACUUCAGACCAAGAUGCGAAAUGAAGCAGCUGAACGCCAUCGUGUAGAAGACGAGCGAAGACGCGCUGAAAUCGACGUCCAGCGCAUCCAGCAGACUCUUGAAGCUGAACGUGCCUUGGCUCUCGACAAAGAAGAAAUCUUCAAACGUCUGCAGUACCGGGAGAACGAGCUGACGGAGAAACUGUCCGAAGCUAUUGCCGAGCAAGAGACUCUGGAAGACCAACUCGACGCUGCGCUCGACUCGAAGAAGAAAACCGAUGAAGAACUCACCACGCGCCGCGAACAAGUCCUCCAAGCCGGACAGAUCAUAACACGACUAGAAGCCGAGAAGAAAGAGAUGCAGCGCCAAAUCGAGCGGCUUGAGGAAGAGCUCGAAAACGUCGAGAAGCACCACUCUUCGACGGACAACCGGCUCGAGAACAUCAGCCAGGAACUGCGCACACUAAAAAGUCAACUUGGCGUCAAGGACAGAAAGAUUGCGGAUCUCGAGUCGUGCCUGCACCAAGCCGAGCGGGAGAAGGACGGUAAAGCUGCCGGUCUCGAGCAAGAACUGCGGUCCUUGCGGAGCCAGAUCUCGCAGCGCGACAGAACGACUGAAGACCUGGAAAAGAAACUCGCGCGCGCCGAGAGCCUCCGCGUCGAAGACAACAAGCGCAAGACCGAGGAUUAUGAAGGCCAGAUCCGAGCGUUGAAGAGCGACGUGUCACUCAAGGAGCGCAAGUUACAUGAUCUCGAAGACAAGCUGUCCAAGAUCGACAAGGACGCCGAAGCGAAACUUGCCAUUGCAAACGACGAGCUUGCAACGACCAAGAAACUCCUGCGCGAAUUGCAGGGCCAGAACGACGAGUUGCGCAAGCAAGUCACAUCCAUGACCGCGGCGAGCUCGAAGCACGAAGAGGCGCUGCGGCGGAAAGAGGGUGAACUCUCGGCUCUGAUGGCGGAUAUGCAGGCCCACGAGGCCGAGAAGGCGGCCCUGCGGCGAGAGGUCGACGGGCUGGCAGGGCGGCAUGAUAGCAUGCAGGCCAAGCAUCGCGAGUUGCAGGGUGAUGUGGAAGCCAUGAGGGCGCAGAGACUGAGGAUGGAGAAGGAGGCUGUGGAGGUCAGGAAGGCUCUUGAGCGUGCCAUGCCGUUCUUUUCGCAGAAUUUUUCGUGAGCUGAUACUUUGACUUUGUCAUUGCGAAAAAGACGUUUAAUGAAGCCCCCCUGAUGAGCAUGCAUUGGUUUGCAUUGGAUUGGAUUUGCUGGCGUGUUUGGAGUCUCGCAUGACUUCCAAGUUAUGCGUUAUCUUAUCGUAUCGGUGGCAUCCGCGAGCCUACGAGGCUUUUUCGUCUGGUGUACAUAGUCCCAAGGUUAGCGAAGCGUCAAUGUGUACAUGAGUAAUCAAUACCCAAGAUGAGGCUCACGCCGUGGGCCAUAUGUGGCAGGCGCUGG